AUGUACGCUAAUAAGCUAUGUCUUGCGCCUAUGGUGAGGUCGGGAGAGCUCCCGACCAGGAUCAUGGCAUUAAACCACGGGGCCGAUCUCGUUUGGAGUCCAGAAAUUGUUGAUAAAAAAUUAAUUCAAUGUACUAGAAUUGCAAAUGAAGAAUUGAAUACAAUCGAUUUCAUUGAUUCUAAUUUCAAACCUACAAAGAAAACCAAAAGGGCCCCAGUGGUCUUUCGUACCUACCCCAAGUUAGAAUCGGGUAAACUUAUAUUUCAGAUUGGAUCAUCGGAUCCAGAAUUAGCAGUACAAGCAGCAUCAAAAAUUAUAAAAGACGUUGAUGGGAUAGACUUAAAUUGUGGGUGUCCCAAACCAUUUUCCACCCAUUCUGGUAUGGGGGCAGCAUUAUUAACCAAUCCUACUCAAUUAGUGGCGAUUUUACAAAAUUUAGUGGAGAAAAUCGGGAAACCCAAUAAAAAACCAAUUAGUUGUAAGAUAAGAUUAUUGGAUGAUAAAGAUGCAAAGCCAACUCUUGAAUUAUUGGAGAAAUUGGUCACCACUGGUAUUGAAAACAUCACCAUUCAUUGUCGUACUAGAGAUAUGAGAAAUAGAGAUCAUCCAAUACAUAAUUUCUUACCUGAAUUAGUUAAAUACAUUCAAUCAAAGAAUAUAAGUUGUAUAAUAAAUGGAGCAUUACAGUCCCGUCAUGAUUUUGAGAAUUUGAAAACCAAUUUGGGCUUGGCUAAUGUUGGUGGGAUGAUUGCUGAGUCUGCCGAAUCAAAUCCUUCAGUAUUCAAUAAGGAAAAUCCAUUGACUUGGUCAAAAGUCUUAAUUGAAUUUAUUGAAACUGCCAUAAAAUUCGAUAAUCAUCCAACUAAUACAAAAUACGUUUUGCUAAAUCAGAUUCCGGGCAAACUGAAAUAUUAUAAUGAAUUUUGCAAAUUAAAAUCAAAUGAGGAUUAUUAUAAAUUAGCUAAACAAAUUGAAAAUGAUGAUAAAAUUAAAUUAAAAUAUUGCAUGAAAGAUAAACUUAUACCAUCCAAUGAAUAUGAUUCUCAAUUUAAAGAUUCUGAUAAAGAAAACCAUAUAAAUAAAAAAAGAAAAUUACAAUAA